ACACCUAGGCCUGGACCUCGUACCCAGGAAGGAGUUUGAAAUGGUGGAUGCAGACCAGAUCAGCGUCUCAGACUUAUACAAAAUGCAUCUGUCCAGCAGACACAGUGUCCAGCAAAGCACAACCCAGGCUGACAGUGUGCGUCGGAGCCACGGUGUAGAGCCCUGUCGUAUCCCCGUCCCUCACCACCUGUUCGUCAGCCUGAAGAGCUUCACCUACAACACCAUGGGAGAAGACACAGACGUCUUCUUCUCUCUCUACGACCUCAGGGAGGGGAAACAGAUCAGUGAGAAAUUUAUGGUGAGACUGAACAAGAAUGAAGGUCCCAAGAACACAGACAAGGUUGAUCGUUUGUGUGCUCUGUUCACGGAUUUAAGUAAUAAGGACAUGAAGCGGGACCUGUAUAUUGUUUCACAAGUCAUCAGAACCGGUCGGAUGCUGCUGAAUGACUCUAAGAAGGGUCCUCCUCACGUCCAGUACAGAAGACCAUACGGCUGUGCAGUGCUGGCCAUGAGCGAUAUACUACAGACCAUCUCAGAACUAAAGGAGGAGAAGGACUUCGUUCUCAAAGUCUACACAUGUAACAAUGAGAAUGAGUGGUACCAGAUCCAUGAAAACAUCAUAAGAAAAUCCAGCACCAAGUACACAGCUCCCAGCACCAACUAUGGUCUGAUAAUCUCUCUCCAGCUGCUGAGAGGAGAGAUGGAACAAAUCAGGAGAGAGAACCCUAUGAUUUUCAAUAGGGGCGUGGCCAUUACACGCAAACUGGGCUUCCCCGAUGUCAUCAUGCCAGGUGACAUCCGUAACGACCUGUAUCUCACCUUGGAAAGAGGAGACUUUGAAAGGGGAGGAAAGAGUGUCCAGAAGAACAUUGAGGUGUCCGUUUACGUGCUCUACGCAGAUGGAGAAAUACUCAAGGACUGUAUCAGCCUGGGCAGUGGUGAGCCCCACAUUAGUGAACACCGUUCCUUUGUCCUCUACCACAACAACAGCCCCCGCUGGAGCGAGGUGGUUAAACUACCCAUCCCCAUAGACCGCUUCAGAGGGUCACACCUACGCUUCGAGUUCAGACACUGCUCCACCAAAGACAAGGCAGAGAAGAAGCUGUUUGGCUUUGCCUUCACACCACUGAUGAGAGAGGAUGGGACAACGCUGUCAGACGAGAGUCACGAGCUCUAUGUCUACAAGUGUGACGAGAAUGCUACGUUCAGUAACCACGCGUUGUAUCUGGGUCUGCCCUGCUGUAAGGAGGACUUCAACGGCUGUCCCAACAUUCCCUCCAGCCUCAUCUUCCAACGCAGCACCAAGGAGACCCUCUGGAUCUCCACACAGCUCUCCUCCACCAAGCUCACACAGAAUGUGGACCUGCUUGCGUUGUUGAAGUGGAAGGCCCACCCAGACAGAGUGAUGGACAUCCUGGGGCGACUACGUCACGUCAGUGGAGAGGAGAUCGUCAAGUUCCUCCAAGACAUUUUGGACACCCUGUUUUCCAUUCUGGAUGACAACACUGACCAGUAUGGUCCUCUGGUGUUCCAGUCGCUGGUGUUCAUCAUUAAUCUGCUCAGGGACAGCAAGUACUAUCACUUCCGUCCCGUCAUGGACACUUACAUCCAGAAGCACUUUGCUGGAGCGCUGGCGUACAAAGAGUUGAUCCGCUGUCUGAAGUGGUACAUGGACCGUUCUGCAGAAGUGGUGAAGCAGGACCACAUCCAGGAGGCCAUGAGGGCUCUGGAGUACCUGUUGAAGUUCAUUAUCCAGUCUCGGAUCCUGUACUCCCGUGCUACCUGUGGUAUGGAGGAAGAACAGUUCAGAACCAGCAUCCAAGAGCUCUUCCAGUCCAUCCGCUUUGUCCUCAGUCUGGACAGCCGCAGCUCUGAGACACUCAUCUUCACACAGGCGGCGCUCCUGAACUCGUUCCCGGCCAUCUUUGAUGAACUGCUUCAGAUGUUUACAGUCCAGGAAGUGGCAGAGUUCGUUCGGGGCACGCUGGGCAGCAUGCCUAGCACCGUACACAUCGGACAGUCCAUGGACGUGGUCAAACUGCAGUCCAUCGCUCGCACCGUCGACAGUCGCCUCUUCUCUUUCCCAGAGUCUCGUAGGAUCCUGCUUCCCGUGGUCCUGCAUCACAUCCACCUCCACCUGAGACAGCAGAAAGAGCUGCUCAUCUGUUCUGGCAUCCUCAGCAGUAUCUUCUCCAUCAUCAAGACCAGCUCUCUGGACACCCCGGUGCAGGAGGACAUAGAGAUGAUGGUCGAGUCUCUCCUGGAUGUGCUACUCCAGACCCUGCUGGCCAUCAUGAGCAAGUCUCAGUCCCAGGAGGCGGUAAGAGGACAGCGCUGCCCACAGUGCACGGCUGAGAUCACUGGAGAGUAUGUGUCCUGCCUCCUAUCCCUGCUGCGUCAGAUGUCUGAAAUCCAUUUCCAACAUCUGCUGGACAACUUCCAGAGCAAAGAGGAGCUGAAGGAGUUCCUGUUGAAGAUCUUUUGUGUGUUUCGUAACCUGAUGAAGCUCAGUGUCUUUCCCCGGGACUGGAACGUGAUGAGGCUGCUGACCAGCAACAUCAUAGUGACGACAGCCCAGUGUCUGUCCCCGGCUCUGAACAAAAACUUCACCGAAGCUGACUUUGAUUUCAAGGUGUGGAACUCAUACUUCAGUCUGGCUGUUCUCUACAUCAACCAGCCCAGCCUACAAUUAGAGAACACCACACCAGCCAAGAGGAAGAAUGUGUUGGACAAGUAUGGCGACAUGAGGGUGAUGAUGGCCUACGAGCUCUUCAGCAUGUGGCAGAACCUUGGCGAGAACAAGAUCCACUUCAUCCCAGGUAUGAUAGGUCCCUUCCUGGGUGUGACCCUGGUGCCUCAGGGGGAGGUCAGGAACAUCAUGAUCCCUAUCUUCCACGACAUGAUGGACUGGGAGCAGAGGAAGAACGGAAACUUCAAACAGGUGGAGGCAGAGCUGAUUGACAAGCUAGACAGUCUGGUGUCUGAGGGGAAAGGAGACGAGAACUACCGCGAGCUCUUCAGCCUGCUAACCCAGCUCUUUGGGCCUUACCCCAGCCUGCUGGAGAAGAUCGAGCAGGAGACGUGGAGGGAGACGGGAAUCUCCUUCGUCACCUCUGUCACGCGGCUGAUGGAACGUCUGUUGGACUACAGGGACUGCAUGAAAGGAGACGAGACAGAGAACAAGAAGAUUGGCUGUACUGUCAACCUGUUGAACUUCUACAAGUCAGAGAUCAACAAGGAGGAGAUGUACAUCCGCUAUAUCCACAAGCUGUGUGGCAUGCACCUCCAGGCUGAGAACUACACAGAGGCUGCGUUCACCCUGCUGUUGUACUGGGAGCUGCUGCAUUGGGAGGAGAGGCCUCUGAGGGAGUUCCUCCACUACCCAGCCCAGAGCGAGUGGCAUCGCAAAGAGGGCCUCUGUCGUAAGGUCAUCAACUACUUCAACAAGGGCAAGUGCUGGGAGUAUGGGAUACCGCUGUGCAGAGAGCUGGCUUACCAGUAUGAGACCUUGUACGACUACCAAAGCCUCAGCUGGAUAAGGAAAAUGGAGGCAGCAUACUAUGACAACAUCAUGGAGCAGCAACGUCUAGAACCUGAGUUCUUCAGGGUGGGCUUCUACGGACGCAAGUUCCCCUUCUUCCUAAGAAACAAGGAGUUUGUCUGCCGUGGUCAUGACUACGAACGUUUAGAAGCCUUCCAGCAAAGGAUGCUGGGAGAAUUCCCACAAGCCAUUGCCAUGCAACACCCCAACCAACCAGACGAGGCCAUUUUACAGUGUGACGCCCAGUACCUCCAGAUCUACGCCGUUUCGGCUGUACCGGAGAACGUCAACGUUCUCCAGAUGGACCGGGUUCCAGACCGCAUCAAGAGCUUCUACCGAGUCAACAACGUGCGCCGCUUUCGCUACGACCGGCCCUUCCACAAAGGAUCCAAAGACCGAGAGAACGAGUUCAAGAGCUUGUGGAUCGAGAGGACUACGCUGAUCCUUACACAUCCUCUCCCUGGUAUCUCCCGCUGGUUUGAGGUGGAGAAGAGAGAGCUGAUUGAGGUGAGUCCUCUGGAGAAUGCCAUCUACGUGGUGGAGAACAAGAACCAUGAGCUGCGGACCCUGAUCAGCCAGUACCAACACAAGCAGCUCCAUGGCAACAUCAACCUGCUCUCCAUGUGUCUCAAUGGGGUCAUUGACGCUGCCGUCAACGGGGGCAUCGCUAGAUACCAGGAGGCCUUCUUUGAUAAGGAGUACAUCGGCAGUCACGCAGAGGACACGGAGAAGAUUACUUCUCUCAAAGACCUCAUGCAGGAACAGGUUCACAUCCUGGGGGCGGGACUUGCGGUCCAUGACAAGCUGGUGCACCCUGAAAUGCGUCCCCUGCACAAGAAGCUGAUAGAUCAGUUCCAGAUGAUGAGGAGCAGUCUCUAUGGUCUGCCUGGGCUGGACAAGCUGAGUCCUGCCUGUUCUGGUGCAAGCACCCCUAGAGGCAUCCUGGCUACGCACAGCCCCAUGAGCCCCGACAGCUUCAAAGUCAUGCACAGGCACAGUCCACUGAAUCUGCUGGGGUCUAUCCGCCACUCGUCCUCCUCACUGUCCUCUCACACCUCCAGUGAGACGGGUAAUCUGGUGAUCCUGACGGACGGCAUGGUGGUGGAACACCCCGAGGACGUCUACCGUAUGCAGGUCUGUCUCCACGCGAGGGUAGUGCCCGCUGUACCCACAGACAGGACUCUCAGCCAUCCAAGUCCUUCCUCCUCCAGCCUGAGCUCCACCCACUCAGCACCCUCCCAGAUGGUCAACUCCUCCAGCCUGAGCUCCACCCACUCAGCACCCUCCCAGAUGGUCAACUCCUCCAACAGCAUCAGAGUAGGCUCACCGUCGCUGCCGGAUAAAUACCGGAACAAUCGUGAGAUGUUGAUGCUGCUGCCUCCUCACCGUGAAAGACCCAGCUCCGCCAUGUACCCCAACAUCACUGAGAACGGACAGGUACAGGGUCUGCCUGGGCUGGACAAGCUGAGUCCUGCCUGUUCUGGUGCAAGCACCCCUAGAGGCAUCCUGGCUACGCACAGCCCCAUGAGCCCCGACAGCUUCAAAGUCAUGCACAGGCACAGUCCACUGAAUCUGCUGGGGUCUAUCCGCCACUCGUCCUCCUCACUGUCCUCUCACACCUCCAGUGAGACGGGUAAUCUGGUGAUCCUGACGGACGGCAUGGUGGUGGAACACCCCGAGGACGUCUACCGUAUGCAGGUCUGUCUCCACGCGAGGGUAGUGCCCGCUGUACCCACAGACAGGACUCUCAGCCAUCCAAGUCCUUCCUCCUCCAGCCUGAGCUCCACCCACUCAGCACCCUCCCAGAUGGUCAACUCCUCCAGCCUGAGCUCCACCCACUCAGCACCCUCCCAGAUGGUCAACUCCUCCAACAGCAUCAGAGUAGGCUCACCGUCGCUGCCGGAUAAAUACCGGAACAAUCGUGAGAUGUUGAUGCUGCUGCCUCCUCACCGUGAAAGACCCAGCUCCGCCAUGUACCCCAACAUCACUGAGAACGGACAGGUACAGCCAACCAACUUCCAGCGAGCGUUGUUCCACCAGGUGAUUGGUCCAUGCAAGCCCUGCAGCGACCCUAACCUGUCUGUGGCAGAGAAAGUCCUGACCACUCCUAGCAGCUGGAGUCUGGACAGUGGUACCAGAGAGGUGUUGCCGUUCCUGUCCGCCCACGUUGGGAGUGUGAUGGCCCCGCCUGUCCCGCCCCGCAGCCUGCCCCACGGACACUUCUCCAUGCACUUUGAUGCUUUCCACCACCAGAACAGCGACCUCCCUCCAGCUCUCCCUGCGCGCUCCUCUUUACGAAAGUCAGCCUUGCACCCUAUACCUGCCUCGCCCACCAGUCCCCAGUCCCAGUCCGGCCUGGAUGGCAGUAACUCUACCCUCUCUGGUAGUGCCUCCUCCGGCGUCUCCUCCCUGAGCGAGAGCAACUUCAUGGGCCAGUCAUGUUCCACCGAGUCCCACGGAACAACCAGACACCCAGCAGAUGCCCUGGACACUGUCUCCGUCAACCCCAGCAUGGCACACUCUACCUGGGCCACGGACGGAGAGGACCUGGGCAUGGACUCCCCCUCUGGUUCCUACCUGCCAGUGCUCUACAGUGUCUCUGAGUCAGAGAUCCUGGAUGGCUCCAAGCCCCCUCCCUGUCGUAGCCACUCCUCUCCUGUGGUGAUCACCCCGCUCAUCACCAAUAUCGUGGUUCCAAUCAGCCCCGUCCUCCCAGAGGCCCAUACCCUUAACAUCCAGAACCUGCCCCACUACCGCCACCAGCCUCCGCCUGCCCUGCCCCCCAAGCCCUACCUGAGAGAGGGGUGUAUUCCUGAGGAGGAGGGGUGUAUACCAGCCAGGCCUAUGCCCAUGCCACGCAAGAUCUCUCAGCCUCUCAUCACUUCUAAGGAAGAGCAGGCCAAAGUGGCGUGGGAGCACGGCAUCGCCGAAGAGUGAAGAGGAGGCCUGGGGAUGUAUUCAGACAGUGAUGUGAAACAUUCUGAACGUUUCAGAUAGAAAUAGAUUAGAUAGAGCGGACACACAUGAUUUCCCCUUAUUCUUUCUGACAGACAAUCAAAUAUGUUCUACAUUAAAUAUAUUUCUAUCUGAAUGUUCUGUAAUGUUACAUUCUCCUGAACUGGCACUUGGUUGGUCGAGGCAUGGUUGGUCGAGGCAUGGUUGGUCGAGGCAUGGUUGGUCGAGGCAUGCCCAUUGGGACAGUGACACAUUUUGUGUUGUUUUGGCUCUGUAGUCCAGCACUUUGGAUUUAAAAUGAAACAAUAACUAUGAGGUUAAAGUAAACCGUGCUUACAGCACUCAAUGUACACAAUCUCCCCAUUUUAAGGGACUACAAGUAUUGGGACAAAUUCACAUAUAUUUAUUAAAGUAAUAACAAGUUAAGUAUUUCGUCGCAUAUUCCUAGCACGCAAUGGUUACAUCAAGCUUGUGACAAAUAUGUUGGAUGCAUUAGCUGUUGGUUUUGGUUGUGUUUCAGAUUAUUUUGUGCCCCAUUUAUAAAUUAAUGUUAAAUAAUAUAUUGUGUUUUAUUGUAAAUAAGAAUAGAAUAUGUUUCUAAACACUUCUACAUUAAUGUGGAUUUGACCAUGAUUACGGAUAAUCCUGAAUGAAUCGUGAAUAAUGAUGAGUGAGAAAGUUACAGAUGCACAAAUAUCACCCACCCACCACCACCACACCUGCCUAUCCUCCCCUGUUAUUGUAAUGGUGAGAGCUUAGCAUGUCUUUCUUAGAAGUAUGAUAUUUUAAACUUUCACUCAUCAUUAUUCAUUCAGGGUGGUGCAUCGUCCUAGUU